UAUACAGAACCCUUAAGUCUGAUUCUGGUUAACUGUUGAUUACUGUUGAACGAACCAUUCAAACCACAAUCACAACCAUAGCCGCGAUCAAUACGCAGGAGCAGGAAUACGGGAUGCGACUGACAUCACUUUUGCCAGACGGGGAGCCCAACUGUAUGGUCCUCAAGCUGAGACAAAUGCUAGUACUUCUCGACUGUGGACUCGGUCAGGAACAACUCUAUGCCAUGCCGGUGAGGGAAGGAGGCCUGAUAGAAGAGCAAAAGGAAACGAUACUUUCUGCAACAGCAUCCUCGGCGACAGAUUUGGAUACUAACCCGCUCAAACGGAAACAUGCCCCUACUGAGACGACUGACAUCCGACAGGAUUGGGCGUCGUUCCUCAAGGCAACCGCCGCACAGUUUCCGCAAAAAAAGAAGUACCGUGGAUUGAAUACAAAUGGAUUAGUAAAGGACAGCACAUAUAUGAGCAGUGUAGAAGCAAUCGAGUCCAAUACGAAAUCAUCCCCGACACAGAGGCACCAGGCGACGCAUGAAUAUUUAUUCAAGCUGCCCGACUUUUCAGGAGUGGAUCUCAAGUCGAUUGAUGUUGUUCUCAUCUCCAACUACAACCACAUCUUGGCAUUGCCCUACUUGACUGAAUUUACGGGUUUCCAGGGUAGGAUCUUUGCCACUGAGCCAACAAUCGAGUUUGGAAGGCAGUUAAUGACAGAAUUCGUGUCAUUUUUUGGGAGCAGCGUCUCGUCCAAUCCACACGAAGUCAUCGAUAGAAAGAAAUUGGUGGCACAAUCCGGCUCUGGGCUCUAUCCCGCAUAUACCCUCACAGACAUCAAGGCGUGCAUUGACAAGAUCCAGCCAGUGCGCUUCCGUGAGCAUAUUACACUGUAUGGCUCACUCAAGUUAACCGCCCACAGCGCAGGAUACUGUCUCGGCAGCUCCAACUGGCUUAUUCAAAUCGGAACAGAAAAUAUUGCAUACAUGUCAUCCUCAUCCACGCAGGUCAACCUUCAUCCGGAUCUACUUGAUGGAACACUGCUAGAGCACGCUAGCACAGUGAUCGCGGCAGAUCUUUCGCCAAAAGGAAGUAUCACAUACGAUCUCGGUGUCAACGAAGUAUGCGCCAACAUCGCACGGACCAUUGCACGGAAGGGCCAUGUCCUUAUUCCAUGCGCCAUAUCUGGAUUCCUUUUCGAUUUGCUUGAGGAUGUCCAUCUUCAUCUCAACAGGAUGGGGCUAAUUCACCAAGUCCAGUAUAGCUUCAUAUCGCCAGUCGCAGACACAGCACUGCAAUACUCUAAUAUCCUUGCAGAGUGGAUGGCUCCUCGGAAACAAGAGAUGGUGUACUUGCCUGAGGCGCCUCUACUGCAUGCUAUUCUCCUUGAUAAGGCGCAAGCCAAGAACUACAAGAGUGUCCAUGGAGCGUUUUCAUCCGACUUAAAAUACCCCUGUAUUGUCUUUGGUGGCCACCCUAGCCUUCGAUCAGGACCUAUGGUGAAUCUUUUGCACAUGUGGGGAAAGAAGGCGAACAACUCUAUUGUUUUUAUCGAGCCACGGAUCGAUGCGCAUGCCAGUCUGGAGCCAUACGAGGGUCUCGAGAUCAGUCGUAGUAUAUGUCCUCUCGACACCCGGCUAUCAGUGGAUCAACUUGUCGAUAUCAUGAAAAAACAUAAGCAUCCUAAACAUGUCUUGGUACCGGUACAUGUUACAACCUCCAUUCAAUCAGACAGGACAGCAGAGCUUACGGACGCCAAAGGGACAAGAUCAACAUCGUCAAUGCGAUGGUCAGCAUAUAAAGUGGGCGAAGCCAUACAACUUGACAUGGGAUCUCUUUACGAGGCAGUUCUGCUAUCAGAAGAGGUACGGCAGAUUCGACUUGGAUAAGAGCAAUGAAUUUGAAAACGAUAAUAGGGUCUAACAUUUCAUUAUUGUGAGUAGUUGGCAAAGGGGAUAUACCCGCAAUCGUUUGGAAGCACUUCAUACGCGCCUGUGUCAGGAUCGCUCUCGAUAUACAAUAACCAGAUGCAACUCGAGCCGGCUUCAGUUGCAGCCCACCAGAUUCUAUCGCUCCAUAGCCAGCGGCAGCUUCGCGGCAUCAUGAACCUUCAAAUGCUGCUUGCUGGACUUACAUUGGUAAUGCUCAUGCGAUGCCCGGCAU